AAAUUAUCAAAGCCCCAGCCACAAGAAAUUAUAAGUUCUAGAAGCACCAAAAGCCACCCUCUCCUAUUACAUAAGCCUGACGUUAGUCCUGACCUCAGCUUUAGACUAGCCGCCCUCAAGCUCUCCGUAGUCCGACUCCUGUCCGUCUCUAAUUUAAUCCCACAUCGCCCAGCUAUUCUACAUUCCGCACAUUUAAAAAAAAUACAACACCUUUCCUUUCUUGUUUGCCUCCACAAUCUCCUCCGCAUACUAUAAGUACCCUCCUCACCUUCUUCACCAUCAGAAACAUCAAAAACCUCCAACCCAAAAUAGAAAAAAAAAUAAUAAUUAAAAAAAAUGGAAUCCCCACGCUCUCCUCACGUGGCCGUGCUCCCAACGCCGGGGAUGGGCCACCUCAUCCCUCUGGCCGAGCUAGCCAAGCGCCUCGUCAACGCCACAGGCUUCUCCGUCACCUUCAUCACUCUACCGAGUCGAAUCCAAGGCCCAACGGGCUUACUCGACUCCUUGGGCCGCUCGUCGCCUUCGUCGGCCAGACAUCUUCGGAGGCCACACCUAUGCAACCUCGACGCCGCCAAUGAAGUCGACAUCCCUGGCUACAUAUUUUUCCCUUCCAACUUCUUAACCCUUUCCCUAGUCCUUCACCUGCCGGAGCUUGAUCGGAAGUAUCCGUGCGAGUUCAAGGAUCUACCCGAGCCCGUUAAGCUACCGGGCUGCGUUCCGAUACCCGGUAAGGACAUCCUCCAUCCGCUCCAGGACAAGAAGAAAGAGGCCUAUUCGUGGUUACUGCGUCAAGCAAUCAAGUAUAGAGAUGCUCAGGGAAUUUUGGUGAACACUUUUGAUGAAAUUGAACCGGGGGCAGCGAAAGUUUUGAAAGCGGUUGAAGCGGGUAGACCGCCGAUUUACUCGGUUGGACCGCUGAUCAGGACGGGUGCGAUGAGUCAGCGCGGUCGUGGCGUACAGUGGCUGGACGAGCAGCCACGUGGGCUGCGUGGCUCCGUGCUGUUUGUGUCGUUCGGGAGUGCUGGGACCCUCUCCACAGAGCAAACCAAGGAGCUGGCUCUGGGUCUCGAAAUGAGCGGGCAGAGAUUUUUGUGGGUGGUUCGGAGCCCAAGCGAUCACAAGUCAGAUGCCAAUUAUUUCAAUCCCGAGAGCAUCAACGACCCGUUCGAGUUCUUGCCCCAGGGAUUUAUUGAGAGGACUAAAGACGUUGGACUUGUCGUGUCAUCUUGGGCUCCUCAGAUUGAGGUGUUAGGUCACCGGUCCACCGGAGGGUUUCUGACGCAUUGUGGAUGGAAUUCCACGCUGGAGAGCGUGGUUAACGGUGUUCCGAUGAUUGCUUGGCCGUUAUUCGCUGAGCAGAGACAGAACGCCGUUAUGUUGGUCGAAGGUGCCGAGGUUGCGCUGAAGGUCAAGUUUGGAGAUGAUGGGAUCGCGAGGAGGGAGGAGAUAUCGGAGGUGGUGAGGGAGUUGAUUGAGGGCGAGAAAGGGAAGAGGGUGAGACACAAGGUAAGGGAGCUGCAGGAGGCUGGAGCCAAAGCUCUAGAGGUGGAGGGGAGAUCAUACAAGGCUCUCGCGGAUGUUGCUAAGAAAUGGAAGGAGGUGUAGCUAGCUAGCUGCAAUUUUCAAUUUAUUUUUCCUUUUUUUUUUUUUCGGGUUGAAGGCAAUGCUUGUGUUUUAAUUUGCGCUCUGCUUUGCUCAUUCUAGAAUCAGUCAAAUGAAUAAUGUGGAUAGAAGCGGAGCUGUACUCAUAGUAAAAUACUUAUUUGCGAUGCCUUGUGAUCUCUA